GGAGCCAGGCACCGAGCCCCGGGAGCCGGAUCCCGCACCGGGAGCCAGGCACCGAGCACCGGGACUGGGGCCCCUCCGCGGGCCCCGAGCACCGUCCCGGGCCCCGUCCCGGCCCCGAGCGCGUCCCGCGGCCCCGGCCCGUCCCCGGCAUGGCCCUGCAGCUGCACCUCCGCACCGUGUGCGGGCUCCGCGGCAGAGCCGACCGCAUCGCCAAGGCGGCCUUCCGAGGGCUCUCCUUCUACACGCGGGUGCUGGAGAACUGCGAGGACGAGGCGCGCUUUGACGAGACCUUCCGGUGGCCGCUGGGGACGGACGUCGACGGCACCGAGCUGCUGGAGAUCCAGGUCUUCAACUACAGCAAGGUCUUCACCAACAGGCUCCUGGGAACGUUCCGGAUGGUUCUGCAGGAGGUGGUGCAGGAGGGGCAGCUGGAGGUGACGGACACGCUCGUCGACGACAACAACUCGGCCACGCAGGCCUCUCUCUCCAUCGAGAUCCGUUACCAGGCCCUGGAGGGGCCGCUGGGAUCCUGGAAUGACAAGGAAUUCCUGGAGACGCCCUCGGAAGGGGACGGGGGGGACCCCCUGGAGACCGACGGGCUCCUGGCCGGGCACCGGCGGGGCCUGGAAGCUGCUCCCGGGAAAUCCCGGCAGCUCCCGGACAGGAGAUUCCGCAGGCUGGAGGAGGACGAGCUGUACUUCCACAGCGAGGACGAGCUGCUGGGAGAGGGCGAUUCCCUGAGCCAGGAGGGCUCCCUCCCGGCCAGCCUGGGAGACGAAGCUGAAGAAGAGCAGCACGGCAGGAUUCAGUUUAACGAUGGAUACAAGUCGGUAGCCAGCGAGGACCCCGAGGAUCCCAGAGCAAAGGCCAAAGGGAAGGAGAAGAAGCACCUGGUGCUGCCGUUCAGCAAAGGCAAAGAGAAGACCAAGGAGCACAAGGCUGGGAAAGGAGUUUUUUCAGCCAUGAAACUCGGCAAGGCGCGCCCGGCCAAGGAUGAGCAUCGGAAACAAGACGAACCCGCCGUGCUGGAGCCGGAGGACCUGGACAGGAGGGCGCUGAGGGGCGGGACGGGGCUGGAGCCCGACACGGUGUCGCUGGCCUCUGUCACCGCUGUCACCACCAAUGUGUCCAACAAGAGGUCCAAACCCGACAUCAAGAUGGAGCCCAGCGCCGGCAGGCCCAUGGACUACCAGGUCAGCGUGACCGUCAUCGAGGCCCGGCAGCUCGUGGGGCUCAACAUGGACCCCGUGGUGUGCGUGGAGGUGGGCGAGGAGAAGAAGUUCACGUCCAUGAAGGAGUCCACCAACUGCCCCUACUACAACGAGUACUUUGUCUUCGACUUCCACGUCCCCCCCGACGUCAUGUUCGACAAGAUCAUCAAGCUGUCCGUGAUCCACUCGAAGAACCUCCUGCGCAGCGGGACCCUCGUGGGCUCCUUCAAGAUGGACGUGGGGACCGUUUAUUCCCAGCCCGAGCACCAGUUCUACCACAAGUGGGCCAUCCUGUCGGACCCCGAGGACCUCACGGCGGGGCUCAAGGGCUACCUCAAGUGUGACAUCGCCGUGGUGGGCAAGGGGGACAACAUCAAGACCCCCCACAAGGCCAACGAGACGGACGAGGACGACAUCGAGGGGAACCUGCUGCUCCCGGACGGGGUGCCCCCGGAGCGGCAGUGGGCCCGCUUCUACGUCAAGGUGUACCGGGCCGAGGGGCUGCCCAGGAUGAACACCAGCAUCAUGGCCAACGUCAAGAAGGCCCUGAUCGGGGAGAACAAGGACCUGGUGGACCCCUACGUGCAGGUGGUGUUUGCGGGGCAGAAGGGCAAGACCUCCAUCCAGAAGAGCAGCUACGAGCCCCUGUGGAACGAGCAGAUCGUGUUCACCGAGAUGUUCCCCCCCCUGUGCAAGAGGAUCAAGGUCCAGAUCCGGGACUCGGACAAGGUCAACGACGUGGCCAUCGGGACCCACUUCAUCGACCUGAGGAAGAUCUCCAACGAAGGGGACAAGGGCUUCCUGCCCACCUUCGGCCCCGCCUGGGUGAACAUGUACGGCUCCACCCGCAACUACACCCUGAUGGACGAGCACCAGGAGCUCAACGAGGGGCUGGGGGAGGGCGUCUCCUUCCGCGCCCGGCUGCUCCUGGGCCUCGCCGUGGAGAUCCUGGACACCACCAACCCCGAGAUCAACGGCUCCACCGAGGUGCAGGUGGAACAGGCCACGGCCGUGGCCGAGAACUGCACCGGGAAGAUGGAGGAAUUCUUCCUCUUCGGGGCCUUCCUGGAGGCCACCAUGAUCGACAGGAGGGUCGGGGACAAGCCCAUCAGCUUCGAGGUCACCAUAGGUAACUAUGGCAACCAGGUGGAUGGAGUGGACAAGCCCGCGCCGAGGAGGAGGAAGGAGGGAGGGGACGAGGAGGAGUCGGAGCUGCUGCAGAAUUCCAGCGAGGAGGAGGGGGAGGAGGACGGAGAGCUGGUCUCGGUCUCCUCCUCCCCACCCAUGAAGCCCCUGGUCACGGACAGGAACUACUUCCACCUGCCCUACCUGGAGCGCAAGCCCUGCGUGUACAUCAGGAGCUGGUGGCAGGACCAGCGGCGCCGCCUCUACAACUCCAACAUCAUGGACAAGAUCGCAGACAAGCUGGAGGAAGGACUCAACGACGUGCAGGAGAUGAUCAAGACGGAGAAGCCGCACCCGGAGCGGCGGCUCCGAGGGGUCCUGGAGGAGCUGAGCGGGGGCUGCCAGCGCUUCGUGGCCUUGGCUGACCGGGAGCAACCGCACCCAUCCCGCACCCGCCUGGACAGGGAGAGGCUCCGCUCCUGCCUCCGGGAGCUGGAGGGGCUGUCCCAGCAGGCGCGGGCGCUGCGGCAGCAGGUGAAGCGGAACACGCUGCGGGAGAAGCUGAAGCUGGCGCAGAACUUCCUGCAGAAGCUGCGGUUCCUGGCGGACGAGCCCCAGCACAGCAUCCCCGACGUGUUCAUCUGGAUGAUGAGCAACAACAAGCGCGUGGCCUACGCCCGCAUCCCCUCCAAGGACCUGCUGCACUCCCUGGUGGACGAGGAGAUGGGCAAGGACUGCGCCAAGGUCAAGACAGUCUUCCUCAAGCUGCCCGGGAAGAGGGGCUUUGGCCCCGCUGGGUGGACGGUGCAGGCCAAGAUGGAGGUUUACCUGUGGCUGGGCCUCAACAAGCAGCGCAAGGACUUCCUGAGCGGCCUCCCCUGUGGAUUCGAGGAGAAGAAAAGCCCCCGGGGCCAAAACCUGCCCUCCUUCCCCCCCAUCAGCCUCCUGUACACCAAGAAGCAGCUUUUCCAGCUGCGGGCCCACAUGUACCAGGCCAGGAGCCUGUUCGCAGCCGACAGCAGCGGCCUCUCCGACCCCUUCGCCAGGGUGUUCUUCACCUGCCAGAGCCAGUGCACCGAGGUCCUCAACGAGACCCUGUGCCCGACCUGGGACCAGCUGCUGGUGUUUGACAACGUGGAGCUGUUCGGGGAGGCCCACGAGAUGAGGGACGACCCCCCCAUCAUCGUCAUCGAGAUCUACGACCAGGACACCGUGGGCAAGGCCGACUUCAUGGGCCGCACGUUCGCCAAGCCGGUGGUGAAGAUGUCGGAGGAGCAGUACGGGCCCCCCCGCUUCCCCCCCCAGCUCGAGUACUACCAGAUCUACCGCGGCAACGCCACCGCCGGAGACCUGCUGGCGGCAUUCGAGCUGCUCCAGAUCGGCCCCGGGGGCAAGUCCGACCUUCCCCCCAUCGACGGCCCCACGGACGUGGAGCGGGGCCCGAUCCUGCCGGUGCCGCUGGGGAUCCGCCCGGUGCUGAGCAGAUACAGGGUGGAGGUGCUGUUCUGGGGUCUGCGGGACCUGAAGAGGGUGAACCUGGCGCAGGUGGACCGGCCGCGCGUGGACAUCGAGUGCGCGGGGCGGGGGGUCCAGUCCGCCCUCAUCCCCAACUACCGCAAGAACCCCAACUUCGGCACCCUCGUCAAGUGGUUCGAGGUGGACCUGCCGGAGAACGAGCUGCUGCACCCUCCCCUGAACCUGCGGGUGGUGGACUGUCGCGCCUUCGGCCGCUACACCCUCGUGGGCUCCCACACCGUCACCUCCCUGCGCCGCUUCCGCCUCCGCCCGCCCCCCGCCGAGGGGCUGCGGGACACGGCAGGGGAGGUCGUGGUCAGCGUGGAGCCCGAGGUUCCCAUCAGGAAGAUGGAGACGGUGGUGAAGCUGGAAGCUAAUUCCGACGCGGUGGUGAAGGUGGACGUGAGCGAGGAGGAGAAGGAGAAGAAGAAGAAGAAGAAGAAAGGAGGAGGAGGAGGAGGAGGAGGAGGAGGAGGAGGGGAGGAGGCAGAGGAGGAGGAGCCCGACGAGAGCAUGUUGGACUGGUGGUCCAAGUAUUUCGCUUCCAUCGAGACCAUGAAGGAGCAACUCCGGCAGCAGGAAGCGGCCGCGGCAGAAGCGGAGGAGAAGGAAGAGCUGGAGCUUGGAGAGGGCUCCAAGGCCCAGGCCAGGCACAAGGACAAGGCCAAGGCACCCAAGGAGGACAAGAAGAAGAAGCAGCAGCAGGCGGCCCCCGAGCUCCCGGAGAAGAAGAACAAGCAGAAGGUUGACGAGCUGAAGGUGUUCAACAAAGAGCUGGAGUCGGAGUUCGACAACUUCGAGGACUGGCUGCACACCUUCAACCUGCUCCGGGGCAAGAUCGGGGACAACGACGACACGGCCACGGAGGAGGAGCGGAUCGUGGGCAGGUUCAAGGGCUCCCUGUGCGUGUACAAGGUGCCGCUGCCCGAGGACGUCAGCAGGGAGGCGGGACACGACCCCAGCCUCGGGAUGUUCCAGGGCAUCCCCAGCAACGACCCCGUCAACGUCCUGGUCCGGGUCUACAUCGUCAGGGCCACGGACCUUCACCCCGCCGACAUCAACGGCAAGGCCGACCCCUACAUCGCCAUCCGGCUGGGCAAGACCGACAUCAAGGACAAGGAGAACUACAUCUCCAAGCAGCUCAACCCCGUCUUUGGGAAGUCCUUCGACAUCGAGGCCACCUUCCCCAUGGAGUCCAUGCUGACGGUGGCCGUGUACGACUGGGACCUGGUGGGCACCGACGACCUCAUCGGGGAGACCAGGAUCGACCUGGAGAACCGCUACUACAGCAAGCACCGGGCGACCUGCGGGCUGGCACACACCUACUCCGUCCACGGCUACAACGCCUGGAGGGACCCCAUGAAGCCCUCCCAGAUCCUGGCCAAGCUGUGCAAGGAGGGGAAAGUGGACGGGCCACACUUCGGGCCGGGAGGGAGAGUCAAAGUCGCCAACAGGGUCUUCACCGGCCCCACGGAGAUCGAGGAUGAGAACGGCCAGAAGAAGGCGUCGGACGAGCCGGUGGCGCUGGCGGCCCUGCGGCACUGGGAGGACGUUCCCCGCGCCGGCUGCCGCCUCGUCCCCGAGCACGUGGAGACGCGGCCGCUGCUCAACCCCGACAAGCCGGGCAUCGAGCAGGGCCGCCUGGAGAUGUGGGUGGACAUGUUCCCCAUGGACAUGCCGGCGCCCGGCCCCGCCAUCGACAUCUCUCCCAGGAAACCCAAGAAGUGA